CUCUUAACGCGGCUAGCCAGUUUUCAUUUUUUUUUUUUUUCAAUUUGCACUUUUGUUUAGUUUCCUUGUAUCACUGCACUUUAUCAUCGCCCCCUUUACUCUUUUUAUUUGUUGCUAAGAAUUUGAUCUCCAAACCCUCUUUCCAUUUCUUCAUCACAUUUCAAGAAAAAAAACCCAGGAAAAAAAAAAGCAGAAAGUAUGGCUAAAAUAUUGUUGCUCAUUGCACUAUGUGUGCUUCCAGCUCUAGUUAGUGCUACACGGAUGGUGAAUAACCCAUUGGUGGUGCAAGGACACGUGUACUGUGAUCGUUGCCGUGCUGGUUUUGAAACCUCUAAGACUAGAAAUAUGGCUGGUGCCAAGGUUAAGGUGGAAUGCUCGGACAGGAAGACUGGCCAAGUUGUGUACAAGAGGGAGGGAUACACAGAUUCAACUGGACAAUACAAAAUUGUUGUGUCCGAGGAUCACUUGGAUCAGAUCUGUGAUGCUGUUCUUUUGAAGAGCUCCCAGCCUGAGUGUGCCAAAAUGGCCCCUGGUCGUGAACGUGCCCGUGUGAUCUUGACUAACUACAAUGGUAUUGCAUCCAACAACCGUUAUGCCAAUGCCUUGAUCUUCAUGGCUGAUGAGCCUGAUGCUGGCUGUGCGGAGAUUAUGAAGUUGUACCAGGAGGAAGAUGAAUAGAGUGUGGUUUGGAGUUCUGUACGAGUCUAAUUGACUAAUCGGCAUAUGAAUAUGAAAUUGUCUGCUAUUUGUGUGAAUUGUUUCGAUGUUUUUCUGUUUGGAGGACCUUUAACUUAUGUUCUUUGAAUUCUAUUACAUUUAUAUAUAAGUAUGCUACGGCUUCUGUCUCAGAAGUAUUUGUAGUUGCUGUUUUUUUUUUUUUUCCUUGAAUGAUGAAUCUACCUUUAAAUUA